UGUCGGUUAGUCGGAUUUAAACUCUGUUGGCACUUGAGAGGAGACGCUUGGUGGUUGCUAGGCUGGUAACUAAUGUUUUAAGUAAAAUAAGGCGGCUUAAUUACGAUUUCCCUUUAUUGCAUGGCUGUCAGGUCUAGUGUUAAGCUGGUGAAGUAACACCGGUUUGAAAGCAGAGCAUCAUGUCCGCGGCCAGGGAAGAGGUGUUAUCUCCAGAUGAGCUGAGGAAGAGGCUCUACCAAACGUUCAAAAACAGAGGAGUGCUCGACACACUCAAAACACAGCUGCGUAACCAGCUCAUCCAGGAGUUAAAGCAGCCACUGGUGAGCGGAGGAGAAACGCUUCCCAGGCCAGUGCCGGUGAAAUCAGAGUCUCUCUUGGUCUCAGCCUCUAACAGUGUUGUGGCUGAUCAUCUACGAAAGUCUGGCUACGAAUACACCUUAUCCGUGUUCUACCCUGAAAGUGGCCUGUGCAAGGACAAGGUUUUUACAACAGGGGACCUUCUUCAGUUCAUGAAAAUUAGCCCUGAAUCAGCACUUCAUAGAUCAAUGUCCUACAACAAAGAGAAAGAUAACAAAGGUUUCCUGAUGAGCCUUCUAACACAUCUCACGGACCAUCAUGCUCAUGGGCUACGCUGUGAUGCUGACACUCAGACCACCAGUGUAGCAAGUUACAGAGAAUCUCUCGUUGACAAGAUGAAAAUGAUUGAUAAGGAGUAUGAGAACAUCCAUUACAGAGGGGACAAAUGGCUCUCAUAUGAAUCUAAACUGGCUGCACAUAGAAAAGAAAUUGAAGCUCAGAUGGAAGCAGAAAUGAAAACAAAGAUGCAACAUUUCAAAGAUGUGGAAAUCGCCAAGGUGAAGAUGGAAGAAAAUGCAAAAUCUCAUAAAGAAUUUGACAAGCUGAGACAAGACAUGGAGAGGAAUUAUGACUUGAAGGCGAAGGCACUGAUGGACCGAGAGAAAAAUGCCAUUGAUCGGUUACAAAAACAGCAAGAGAUUGAGGAAAAGAAUAUCUAUAUGCAGAGACAAACACUCCUGAAAGAAAUAGAAGCACUGCGGAACAGUGAAAAUGAACUGAAGCUGAGGGUGGAGGCUUUUGAAAAGACUUGCAAAAUUCAUGAGGAGAAGGUCAAGAGUUCCGAGGAGCUGCUGAGGAGGAGGGAACUGGCAGUAAAAACUCUGGAGGAUACACACGACCAAAGGCUGAAGAAUGAACUUUCCAGGUAUCAGCUUGAGUUGAAGGAGGAAUUCAUCAGGAGGACUGAAAAGUUAACAGAAAAUGAAAACAGAAACAAAGUGGAAACUGCUCGCAUACAGAAGGAAUCAGCUGCAAUUGAUGCUAAAUUAGAGGAGCACAGUAAAGCAUGUUCUGAGUUGAGACGACUACAGGUUGAGCUGGACACAUCACAGCAGCAGAUUUCUCUGGUGAACCAACAAAAGGAGCUCCUGAGGGAAAAACUGGAGACCAUGAGUGACUACCCUAGCUUGAAGAGAGAGAAAGUGGAAUUGCAGGGGCAACUGCGGCUGCUAAAGAAACAGCUGGAGGAGGCCCAGGAGGAAAAUCGGUUCCUCCGUGCAGACUUGGGAAAGCCGUCUAAAGAGCAGCUGGCCUUGCAGACGGAGCUGCGGAGGCUGCAGAGCGCUCACAGGCUGGACAAGGAGGAGUUUGACAGCCAGAAACAGGUGCUGCAGGCACAGCUCCAGAGUGAGGUGGAGCGUUGUGCCCAGCUCAAGGCCCAGCUGAUUGAGUGUGAGGAGAAGGCACAGUGGAUGACCAGCCAUGCUGAGGAAAUCAAGAUGCAACUUCGCCAAACUCAACAAGCUCUUGAAAAUGAAGUGCUGCGUAACCCUAAGCCCUCCCUUGUGGAUCGCUCGGUGCUGGAGCUUGGCACUGACAAGCUGGUUCCCCCUGACAUCUAUGUGGAUAGGGCUCUGCUGAGAGGGAGGAUGGGUUAUGAUGAUGUUUGUGAAUCAGGUGGGCCCUUGCGAGGGCACAGGAAUCAGUGGGUCCAGAGCUGCAGUCCAGAUUCUGAUAUUGACCUGGUGGCUGGAGCCAAGGCCCGGAUCCGUGAGCUUGAAAAGGAGGCGGAGACCCUGGAGGAGGCUUAUAGGACUUACCAGCAGAGGGCAGUGCGCAACACCAUCUCACACAUGCUUCCCCCAAGACCUCUUUCCCCUCAAAGACCACAUCCUUCACACUGCCCUGACUCUCCCCUGAGGAAAGAGAUCCCUCACCAUUCUCGCCCCCACUCACCCCGCAAAUCUAACAUCUCUCACAGAUCUCUCUCUCCCCAAAGACAGUAUACGACCCGCUAUACUAGAACGCCCUCCCCAGUUCCUUGCGACACUAGAAACCCCUUAUCAGCUUCACAGCCAAAAGUGACCUUCUCAGACCAAAACCAAACCCAGUCUUCAGGCCCUCCUCGAGAACAUGGUCUGCAGUCACUGACCGAGCCUUUGUUUAAUGAAGAUGGACACCCUCAGAAUGGGAGCUCCCUUCCCUCCAGACACUCAUCUUCCACACAUCACUCUCCGACUAGGAGGAAGCUUCAAACAGAGCUUGCAGAAGAGGUUAUUGUGUCCCCAGAGCCAUUCCUUGAGCUGUCACCUGAGAGACAGCUCGCUCAUGUCCCCCACAGUGAGGUGGGAUCCUCAGGUGGUUUCUCCUCUGACCUCAGCCCGCCUCGCAGUCCUCAGCUCAAGAGCACAGCACGAGACCAGUCAAGUCCAGCAAAGGUACAACAAGCCUUCUCUAGCUCAGAGUCAUCACCCCAGCCUGAGAAGAUAAGCCUCGAAGAUCUCACAGAAACUCUGCCAGAGCCCAGCCACAUUCCAGAGCUUCUCCUGGACACGGCCAUCCCUCUCUCUGAGGAGGCCCCUGACGGCCCCUCUGUCCCCCCCCCACAGGCUCCACGGGACCUGCCAGACACCCAGAUACACAUGCAGGGCCAGGCGGAAGUCCUACAAACCUCUGGUGAAUCCAGACAAGAAGGUGAAGAAGAUGAGGAGCUGAGGUGGGAGAGAGAGAGAAAAGAAAGGCAAGAACAAAGGCAGAGGGAGCUAGAGGAGGCCAAGGAGAGGGAGCUGAUGGAGCUUGAGAGACUGGAGAAAGAGAUGACUCUGAAUGAGAUGGAGCAGUCCGGACAAGGGGAGGAAGAGACGGCAUUGAAGACAGGAGUGCCAGAGGAGCAGGAGGAAGAGUUGGAGAAUGCUGAGGAGAAAUCCUCAGGUGAAACUCCCCUGGAGAAAUACAUGAAGAUGGUCUUGGAGGCAAGGGAGAAGCAGCGUGCACAGAGCCCUGAGAGAGAGGAGCCAGAGCACAUGAGCCCUGAGGCCAAGAGUUUGUCUGAGGAGAAAUAUGAAAGUGUUGCGGUGUAUUCACAUGAAGCUGUGGAUGAUGAGUUCUGGUAAAAGUCCUGAGGGGCUAAUAACUAACACUGAAUUUGAACAGACCUGCAUUUUCAUCAAUGUGAAGCAUUUUAAAGCUUUUUUUGUAUUUUUUAUGUAUAGUUGACAUUGUCCUUUUUUGAUGUAAUUUCAUCAAUUGCAUAUGUAUGAUUAAAUCCUUUUUUGUACUUGCUGU